AUGCCACGCCAUGAAACGGAAUGUGCUAUAGCGACUACGAGAAUUUAUUCCGCUCAUGAGCUUGACCAACGGUAUCAACAGCAUACCGGUUAUGCAACCAGUGAACCGCAUAUGCCGAUGGCUUAUGAUCUGCAGCAUCAGUACGCAACAGCAGCAGCAACAGCAGCAAAAACACAGCCUGAACAGCAUUUGUAUCAUACGUUCUGUGAAUACGACUUUCUUAUAACAUUCUAUCGACCUGCUGCUGUUGAUGCCUCUGUUGUUGAUGUUGUCGAAGUACUAGACGUUGAACUAGUAGUCGAAGUAGUCGAAGUAGUGGAAGAGGUCGAAGAAGUGGAAGAGGUGGACUCAGUGCUAGUGGAGAGCUGUGAAUAUGACUUUCUUAUAACAUUCUAUCGACCUGCUUCUGCUGAUGCCUCUGUUGUUGAUGUUGUCGAAGUACUAGACGUUGUACUAGUAGUCGAAGUAGUCGAAGUAGUGGAAGAGGUCGAAGAAGUGGAAGAGGUGGAUUCAGUGCUAGUGGAGUUUACCAUUAUAGGAGCGGCUCUGAUACUUUUGCUGCAAUAUUACCUUUAUUUACGAUUUUCCAUACUUCCUGAGGAGAGUGCCGAACAAAAGGAUAUCAACACAAAGUAUUCAUUGCCUGCGACAAUUCAGCAGACAGCACGUGCCAUAAAUCUAUUGCCACCUACCGCAACGCCAGCCGGACACACACAUACGGGUACACUUGGUGCGACAGAUGCAGCGCCUUUAAUGUCAAUUAAUUUUGUGAUGCAAUUCCUGUUUCAUGAAUUGAAAAAUUCCAGUCGCGUGCGCAAGUGGUUCUAUCGUAAGCUAUCGCUGGAACUCGAUGAGCUGUUGGCGAAAACAACGACUGGCAAAUUAUUCGAUAAGCUGACGAUUAAAGAACUGGAACUAGGUGAUCAAUUUCCAGAGAUAAGAACUUUACGUGUACAUAAUGUGGAAUUAGACGAUGCCGGUGAUCGUAUUGAAAAUCUCGAUCUUCUGCUUGAGAUUCAUUACACCGGCAAUUUUCGCACUUCCAUCGAUGCUGAUAUGGUGCUGGGCAAAAAGGGAUCACUCACUUUAAUUGUGAAACAAUUAUCAGGCUUGGCACGUCUCCAAUUUACGCGCGAACCUUACACCCAUUGGUCGCUUAGUUUUCUCGGUGAUCCAGAAUUGGAUUUAGCUGUCGAGUCCAAGUAUCAAGGCCGCCAAAUGCAAUCAAAUAUAACCAGCCUAAUCUCCAAUCAGAUACGAAAGGCUGUACGCCGCAAACACACGCUCCCCAAUUAUAAACUACGCUACAAGCCAUUCUUCCACAAAACUCCCGAAGAAGACCCUGGUGAUGGUGACAUACAACCCAACGGCACGUUGGAGGUUAAGGUGUCGGAAAUAUCGCGACUUAUGUGCUCAGAAGCGGGAACUGAUAUUUACUGUACUUUGACUUUGGCCUCGCUGGCAUUUGUCGAGAUACGCCAGAAAGAUAAUCGCAAUGUGGUUGUUUCAAUGGAUGUGGAAAUACAUAAAGCAAAAAAUCAGCAGAUUGGCAUACUUUUUAGGCAAAUACCUGAGAUAGGCGUCGAAAUUGAAGCAGUGCUACCCAACACGCCCGCUUGCAAGUCGAAUUUGCGCCCAUGCGACAUGUUGAUCGCCAUCGAAGGCAAGCGUGUACAGACUAUCCAGCAGGUGGCGAAAGUUUUCAAGGGUUUACAGGCCUCAGCCUUCAGGCUGCGCAUUGAGCGCAUCAUACCGGGUAUCAUAAGAAACGAUGCCAUUUUGGAAGAUCUUGAAUUAUACGAAGACUUGGGAGAUGCGCAUACGGGCUAUGGUGGGGUUAGGGCAUCAAUUGAGAUGGAUUUUGGAGGGAAGCAGUCAAUCUCGCGUCCAGGCACAGGUGAAAGGGGUACCUCCAGCGAGUCUAGCCUUGGCAGUACACCAACUAAUUCACCUAAGAAAACAAAGCUUAUUACAAAGGCAUUAAGGAAAACUAUAAGUCGCGAGAGUAGUGAACAAAGCAAAGAAAAAGAGGAAGACUAUAAGGCUAGGUGCAAGAUGUUGGCGAAACUGGAAGAGAAAUCCCGUGGUUCGCCGAAAACUAUGGGAGAUGGCAUGAGCGAGCUAGAGCACUACUAUCAGCAUUCGACGGUGGAUUGCAGCAUCAAUCGCCUCAUCCACAUGGAUGACGUGGGCCUUUUCAAAUUGGAUGAGAAUUCACGUUUCCUAAAUAUUGGCGUUUAUCUGAAAUGUGCCGGUGACAGUUUGUUGCUAGGCUUUGUGAAUAUAGCAGUGGGACAGAUUUUAGCUGAAUGCUGUGAGACAAGCUUGGUGCAGUGCUGGAAGAAAUUCGAACUCAGUCCGCCCAUGCCGCAGGAUUUAAAAACUCACAAACUAUCUAGUCAAUCAGGCUUCAAUGCAGACUUGUGUUUUGGCGAUAUGCUUCUCGCCUUUACAUGGGAUGGUAAUCCAAAUCUGCAACUCGGUGAAACAGCAACAAAACAGAUGGCUAAGUCCAAAAGCAAGAACAAUAUUGCUGCUGAGAAAAUAGACAAUGACAGUGGCAUCUUUGACACCAAUUCCAUACGCUCCACUCCCAGUUCCAGUUCGCUAACGCCAGCUACGCAAACAAUUUCAAGUCAGCGCGCACAUAAUUUUGUCCGCACGCACUUUCAGCGUGCUACACAAUGCGAUUUCUGCGGCAAGAAAAUAUGGCUAAAAGAUGCGGUACAGUGUAGCGAAUGCACAAUGUGUUGCCACAAAAAGUGUAUAACGAAAUGUCAGAAUGCAACGGUCUGUGGACCGGUCGAUUGUUCGACGGUGCUGCAGCAAAGGCAACCCUCAAUUUCUAGCGCUACUCCAGAGUUUACCGUUACCGAUGCUGAUGCGCUUGAUGCUUCCGAAGGCGAAGAGGCCAUGCCAUCAGCGGACAGUGAGGAGGUUGCGGAAACUACGUAUAUUAAAGCGCCACCAACGCCGAGCCUCGAGGUCCAUCGGUCAAGUCUGACGGGACUAUUAGCACAAGGUAUUAAGCGGGUGAAUUCGGCUAAUAAUCUCGCCAUACCUGGAAUUGUAUCCUCUUUGGCUGGCAGUGGCGGAAGCAGUGGUGGUAGUAGCGGAACGGGAGGAGGCAUGGCAGCUGUGGCGAGGAGUUUACCACCCAGUCCGCAACGCUCCCCUUCACGAAAAUCAUCGCUAGUUUCCAAUCCAUUUGCCACCUUCGAAGUGGUCACACAGCGCUUAGAGGCUAUACCCACAGACGCCUCGCAACUCAGCUUUGAGCAAAUAAACGCCAUCAGUGAGCCGAUAAUGGGCAUUUCCAAAGAUGACGACGUUAUGACUUUAGCUAAAAACGCUAGCAGAAAUCUUUAUAGUGAAGUAAUUGGCGCAGAACGUGUGGAAAAAAUUAAUCUUUUGCUAAGCAAACUUCGCUUGGCCUUGGACAGUGAAACGGCCAUGUAUUCCAGCUUGGCAUUAGCCAAUACAACGAAAGCAGAGAAUGCGGAUGCGAGCAGCACAGCUUCAAAAUCCACAACACUAGGCAAAUCGGAAGAGCGUGUCCAAGCGCUUAGCGUAAUAAUGCUAUAUCUAUGCACUGGGCUGCAGCAUGCACAGGGCGUCGAGAUGCGUUAAAAUGCGUUAAAAUUCACUGCAAUUUUAAACGAAAAUGCUUUCGAGAAAAAAAUUUCUGGCGAACAAGUAAAUACUAGAUGGAAAAUUAAUAAAAACAAAAAACAAACCGAACACUGAACUGAAGGCUGAAGUAUUUAUAAAAGUGGAAUUUUAAAGUAGCGCUUAAAAAACCUCAACCGACUCUUUUAGAGAAAAAAAUACAAUCCAUUGCAAGUAGUGAAGUAAAAAUUUUUUUUUUUUAAUAAACUUAAAUAUUUUAUUGUAUGUAGAAACUUACACCAGAAGGUGCUUUAAACUAAAAUUUUGGUAAUUUUAAAAGUUCAGAAGUUAUAAGUUGAAAGUGCAUAUGCAUGAACAUACAUACAUAAAGGCAAAGCGAAUGCAUCGACUGGAAAGUAUAAGGAUGCACAAUAAAAAAUAGCGUUGUAAUAAUUGUGGUUUUACGAUAUUGGCGACAUUGGAGCUGUGUAGCGUAACUGAUAGUAUUCGUGUGUAAUCAAAGUUUAUAAGAUUAUCAUAAAAGAGGAAAUUAAAAAUGCUUAUUAAAAAAAUUUAAAGGCAAGCUUUUUUUCCCAGUAACCUAAAAAAUCAAAAAGCUUUUUCUUAGCUUACUCCUUUUUAAAAAGUAAAAAGCACCCAUUUUGCUUGUAUUUUGGUAUAUGCAUACCAGUGCACAUCGUAUUAUAUAUAGAUACAUAGUUAUAUAGGUACAAACGAAUAUAAUUGCAGUGGUUAAUGUUUAUUUGAAGCAAAUGUAAUCAUUUAAAGUAUUUCCUAGUUAUAAAAUACUUUUGUGUGUAUUUAUAGGCUGAAAAA